AACAAUAAUAGAUUUGUUAUAAAAGUUGACACAUUCAGUGUUUACCAUGAACUAUAUUUAAAUUAUUACUAUAUUACUUAUGAAUUCUUGUUAACGAUAGCUUUAAAUAAAAUGGCAAAAUUAAACUAUUAAUUAAAACUUGGUAGGUAAACACUUCACCUUCAACAACAAGAAAAUGUUUGAAUUAUUGUGUUUGUUAUGUAAUUGUAUAGUUAGUUCACAUUCUACUUACUAAUAACAGUCAAAAAAAGUUUAAUGUGGACAUUAGAUAAAUAAUGUAUAUGUAAACCAGCGGUUCCAUUUAACAAUUUUCAUUGGUAAAAACAUUUGGAACAGUGUUAUGCAUGAAGACUUUAUAAAUGAGGACUAUGGACCAAAUUUAGGUCUUAAUUUAAUUCAGUAUAAGUCUUCAUACAGUUCAACCAAGAAUAAUUUUUUUGAUUCUAUUAUUCAUUUAGAAGUGUACAAGAUCAGUCAAAUUUUAAAAUUGAGGUACAUGAUAAAAUAUGUCGCAAAAGAAAAGAAAAAGUUUAAAUAUCAAAGAAAAGUUACAUGUAAUAUCAAAGUUGGAGAGUGGAACUUUAAACAAAGACUUGGCAAAGGAAUAUGGUGUGCCACACUCAACAAUAUCGAGCAUUUGGUCAAAAAGAGAAAAAAUCAAAAUACUUUAUGAUGCCAAUUAUUUGAAAAUGAAACGGGCAAGAACAACGAAAAAUACAAAUAUUGAAGAAGCAUUGUUAAAGUGGUAUAAACAUCAAAGAGCUAAUAAUUAUUCUGUAAAUGGACCUAUUCUGCAACAAAAAGCAAAUGAUUUUGCUAAGCAUUUUGGAGAGGACUUUGUUUGCUCCGCUAGUUGGAUUCAACGGUUCAAAGCCCGGCAUAGCAUAAUAUAUGGAAAAAUAUGUGGUGAAAAUAAAGCUCCCAGUCCUAUAGAUGAAUGGAAAUCCCAAAAGUUGCCGAUAUUAUGUGCAGGAUAUGAACCAGAUAACAUAUUUAAUGCGGAUGAAACUGGACUUUUUUAUAGUUUGACACCAGACAGUAGUUUCAAGUUUGAAGGACAACAUUGUUCUCUUGGGGAAAUGUCUAACAUGAGGCUAACUAUCCUUGUAGCAGCAAAUAUGACAGGAACCAUGAAAAAGAAACUUUUAGUUGUUGGCAAACCUAAAAAACCAAGCUGUUUAAAAAACAAUAAUUCACUACUGGUAACAUAUGAAAACAAUGUUAAUUCAUGGAUGACUUCACAAAUCUUUGAAAGAUGGUUACGACAUUGGGAUGCUGAAUUAGAAGAAAUUGAUAGGAAAAUUUUACUAUUAGUUGAUAAAUGUCCUGCUCAUGAGAGUGUUAAUGAUUUGAGGUAUAUAAAACUAGUGUUUUUACCAUUAAAUGUUACUUCUGUGCUUCAGCCUAUGCAGCAAGGUAUUAUAAGGUGUUUAAAAUAUAAAUACAGAAGAUUCCAAGUGUUAAAUAUCAUACGAAACCUUGACAACGAUAACCACAAGAGCUUUUCGGUUCUCGAUGCUAUUUUGAUGAUAUCAGAAGCAUGGGAGAACGUUUCGCAGAAUACCAUAGCCGAUUGCUUUAGACAAGCAGGCAUAACCGAGUUCUUAACAAUAUACUCGGAUGAUGACGUUAUGCCUCUAGUGCAACAGAUUUUUGUUACUGAUAGCGAUGAAGAAGAAGUGCCUUUAGAUAAAUUGGCACAAAGUUUGCGACCACCUUUGAAUGUCACGGAAACAGAGAAGUUUGUAGAUAUAGAUAACUCCGUUGCCACUUGUUUAUCAGCUGCAAAGAAUGAUGUACAAGAAAUCGUAGCGGUGAAAGAAGAAAUCGACGACAGAAAUACAGAAGAACAAUUUUGUAUACCAAGUCUUAAUGAUGGUUUAAAUGCUAUUAAUGUUUUACGAAAAAUUUUGCUUUGCAAGGAACAGUUUAAAAUUCAGGGUAAUUAUGAUGAUACACUGGUUAACAUCAAACGUGAAAUAGAAAAUUCUUAUGUUCAAGAAGAAUGUGCGAAAGACUAAAGUUACAAAGUUGCAAAGCAAUAACAAAAUAUAUUGAUGAUAUGGAAAUAUUUUAUAUGUUUUUGUUUGAAUUAAAAUGUAAAUGGUAUGUACUUAGUUUAUUUUAAAAAGGGAUAUUCGUAUAUAACAUAGUUAUUCGUUACCAUUUAGUCCAAUACUCCAUCUGCCCGAAAGUCGUAUAAAGUCUUUAACGAUCCCAAUAUCCACAGUUAAUAACCAUUGUUUGAAUUUAAUUGAAUUUCUUGUGGAGCGUUUCUUCAAUAGAAUCAUUUCGAUCAAGAUCAGUCCAUUGGUAGUACUGUUGAGUGACUGGUUUGGUUUA